AUGUGGUGGGAUCUGGAUAUGGAUGGAACGGGCAGGUACUGGAUUGAUAUGUCUCCUAAAUGGGCAAGUCGUGAUUAUCAUUGGCGUGAUCAUUGGAUGCAAGCUGUUUACUACCUGCCUCAACGUGUGCAGGUGGAGAAAGGAGAAACUCUAUCACUAAAAUGUAGUCAUGACGAAGUUCAGCAUGUGGUUUUCUGUCGGAAAAGAUCCAGUUGA